GUGAACAUUAUUGUCGAGACCUCAAAUCCAAAGAAGAGUUUUCACCACGAAUCCUGCGCUCGUUAGAUGCUCUGGCAAUGUACCUCGUUUCGGAGGCACGUAUCAUGGAACGCGGUUCAGAGGCUGCCAAGAAGGAGGCACGUGAGAAUGUACCAGCAGACAAAGUCAAGGACCCCUCGAUUCUUGCUCGUGAAUUACGAUGGAGAGUGCGGAAUGCUGCUGGCGUUGACUCGGACGCCGAGCUGGGAGGGGAUGAUGCGAACAUUAUGCCAAUCAAAAGAGAGCUCGGCUCCUCGCGCGAGACAGCGAAGAGAAGAAAACGUGAAGAUGGUACAUCACUGUUCAAGAAUUGGCAACCACCAGAAUGGAGCCACAUUGAAAACUCGCCGUUGCAGACAUCGCACGAUACUAUCAAAGUCGAAAAUGCUGCCGAUGAGGAUGGUGGCUGGAUGGCUAGUGAAGGAUUGCAAGGUGAUGUUAUGAGAAGCAAAAAGGUCAAUGGGGUUACCAAGGUUCGAAAGCUGGACCAUGGAGCUAUUGAACGCUACUCUGUGAUCAGAACCGUUGAUGACAGCGAGGCUAGUGACGAUGGCCAGAAACAAGAUACUAAAUCAAUAAAGCAAGCGCAGCCGGUCAAAGCAGCGCCGGUUCCCUCUUCAUCACUUUCAGCCCCCCUUCCAAAACCACGUAGAAGAGAUGGCCCGCUCAAAAUCACCGUGGAAGCACCUACAAGAGAUGCAAAUGAUUCUAUUGUGGAUUCUCGCCCAAUAAAGAAGGCUAAAUUGGAAGGGGCAGCAUUCACAAAGUCAUCAUAUGAUGGAAUAUCCAUAGAUGAUGCUGGAGAGGACGGUGAACAGGCCCCAAAGACGUCAUCCUUAUCUUUAAUCCCUCCUUCUCGAAUGGCCAAAGGGAAGAGUAAGGCGAUUGAACCAGUAGAGCCAGUAGAAGACUUCUUUUCCAUCGAAGACGAUGGGCCACCGAAAUCCACUAUAAAGUCUGCUGCACCUUCUGUAAAGGAUUUUGUACCCCCAGUGCCGACACAAAACGACCCAUAUCCAGGCUACUACAUGAAGCCCAACGGUGAAUGGGCGAUGCACGAUCCGGAAUAUUAUUGGUCCAUUACAAAAGCAUGGCAGCAACCACCAGGAGCAGAUAUUACCAUGCAAGGUUCUUCAGCUGCUACAAAUAAACGAAGGAGAGGUUGGGAAGGAGAAGAAGAUGACCUCCAACAAGUUAGCGCUAUGGAUGAAGCCAGUCGAAUGAGAGACGAGAUCGAAAAUACAAAAUCACUCACCGUAGAUACCAUACGCGCGGGUCCAACCGCACCGAACAUGACUAUGACGGCAGGUUGA